AUGGCCGACACAGCAGCCAUGCCAGAUCCGCAUUUCCAGCAGGAAGACCACCAGGCUGCCUACGUCUUCCGGCCCCGAGAAGAAGGCGCCUCAGCCGAGCGGGCCCCCAAGCGCCGGCGCACCUCGAAGAAGGCCUCUGAGCUCCGCUCCGAGCACGCCGACGACGAUGGCAGCAGGCCCGACUCAGGUCGGCAAGCAGCGAACGCGGAGGACGAGCCCUCCUGGUUUGUGCCGCUGCUGAACGGGGCCGAGGCGCCCGCGUGCGUGCGCCUCCGUGAGAGGCUCUUCCGGUCGAGCUGGCAGGGCAUCGAGGGGCGGGUGCAGACCAUGUUGCGCGACGCCAACUCGGCGACGCUGGGGCAGGUGGCCGCGUUUGCCUGGGGGCGGCACGCGGGGCGCGCGGCGGCGGACGGGGACCGGCGUCAGGUGCCGGCUGCGUUCAUCAUGACGGGCGCCAACAUUGCGUCGCAGGACCUGCUGUUCCGGCAGCUCGGCGCGAGGCUCGAGGGCGGCGAGCCCAGGAGCAGGGUCGUCAGGCUGCGGUCCGCUGAGGGUCGCAAAUAUCUCAACUAUGACCUCGAGGGCCUGGCUGCGUUUGUCAAGGCACACGGGUGCCGUCACGUCUUCGUUGCUUUCCAGGACAGCGAGGGUUUCGACGGCGGUCUGCUGUCGGAUCUCAUUGUGCUUUUCAGCUCGUGGCUCACGGACAUUCCCUUUACUUUGCUGUUUGGCGUGGCGACGUCGGUCGAGCUGUUCCAGGCGCGGCUUCUCAAAUCGACGUGUCAGCUCUUGUACGGUGCGCAGUUCGACGUCGUCCAGACGUCGACCAUCCUCGAGCAGAUCUUCAAGCCUUCUGUUGCCGGAGCAGACGUCUCCUUACGUCUUGGUUCGUCGCUUCUGCAGCAUUUCAUCGACAGGCAGCAUGAUCAGGUCACCAGCAUCGAGUCGUUCCUGAGCUCACUCAAGUACGCAUACAUGUGUCACUUUUACGCCAACCCGUUGAGUAUCUUUGCCGUCGAGGACAAUGAAUUGAACAGCGAGCUCGUUCAGCCCGAGCACCUCGAGGCAUUCCGCUCGCUACCCUCGUUCCGCCGCCAUGUCGAAGACGCCGUCGAGACGGGCGACCUCCAAUUUGCCAAGUCGGCCCUUCAAGACGAUGCGUUUCUGUAUGAGCAAAUCUUCGACAUCCCGAGCAAGAGGAGAGCCUGGUCAGCUCGGCUACUCCGGUCCCUGGCUCUGCUGAAGAGCACAGGCGCCAACCAGGAGACCUUUUCGCAGCUGUAUCUGAAAGCCGUCGCCGAAGGCAUCGACCUCUCGUCGGUGGACAUCGGCAUCCUGACCAACAUCAAACGUCUGCAGCCGGCCGACUUUAUACGCAUGGUAGAGAGCCUGCUCCAGACGCUAGGCCAGGGCGACCAAGACCUCGGGCUCGAGGAAUGGAAAAGCGAGUCCCAGGAGGCGCAAGACUUGGCGUCCUCCCUCGAAGCCUGCCUUUCAGAGUCCCGCGAGCUCCUGUCGGCAGCGCAGAGGGACGGCAACACGCUGCGCAGCUCCUACAGCGGCAGCAGCAGGAUCCUCCGCACGACGGUCGUCGCGCAAAAGGUGCAGCUGAGCCGCGACUCGGCGGCGCUGUCGGACGCCGACAAGGCCUUCACCAAGAUCGUCGACAAUGUGGCGUCGCUGCUGCAGGGUGCGGCGCACUGCGAGCCGGCGACCGACAGCUUCCUGCACGAGGCGUGGCUGUAUGAGUCGAAGAUGCCGUACCGCGACGUCUUUGUGCCGCGGCCAAGGGUCGUCUUUGAGAGGAGCCUCAUGCGGCCCCAUGACUAUCUUGCGUGCGACUGCUGCCGGGGCCACGGCGACGGCAUCUCGACGACGCUGCCCGUGACCUCGCUGUUGUAUCAUCUAUACCUCGAGGGCGGCAGCCUCAUCAACGUCGCCGACCUGUGGGCGGCCUUCUUCGCCAUGGUCGGCGACGAGGCCGACGAGGGCGAGACCGUCGAAGGUCCUGGGCCGGCAGCGGCAGCUGAAGACGCGGCUGGCGUUCGAGCUGGCGGAGGCCACAGCGAGAGGGUCGCGCUGGUCUUGUUCUACCAGGGCCUGGCCGAGCUCAAAGCACUGGGCUUUGUCAAGGCUAGCAGAAAGAAGGUCGACCACAUUGCGAAGCUGAAAUGGCUAUGA